ACAAGGCAGAGCGGAGCCACACUGACUUUCAGUCCAGUCUAUCUCCUGGGAGCCCUGAGCAGCUACUCUGUCAGCCCUAGGGAAGGUUCUAGAAGAGACCGUGGCUGUCCCCUGGGAGAUUCAUGGGCCAGAAAAGGAGCCUCAAGGAGUGGCCAGGGGCCACACACACACCAUGCUGCAGUGCAGACCACCCCAGGAGUUCAGCUUCGGGCCCCGGGCCCUGAAGGAUGCCCUAAUCUCCUGCGAUCUGGCCCUGCAGCAGCUUUACACCUCAGCCUUCUCCCCAUCGGAGAGGCUUUUCCUGUCUGAGGCCUACAACCCUCACCGGACCCUCUUCAGCACACUGCUCAUCCACUCGGCCUUUGACUGGCUCCUGAGUCGCCCAGAGGCCCCUGAGGAUUUCGAGACCUUCCAUACUUCCCUGCAACUCCGGAAGCAGAGCCUGGCCCGGAAACACAUUUACCUGCAGCCCAUAGAUCUGAGUGAGGGGCUGGCGGGAUGCCCCUUGCUGGACCAUCUUCAAAGCUGCGCGGAGGCUUUCUUCCUGGGCCUUCGAGUCAAGUGCCUGCCCACAGUGGCCGCUGCCUCCAUCCAUUGCUCCUCAAGACCCAGUCAGGACGCUGACGGGUUCCAGCUCCACACAGAUGGCAUCCUGUCCUUCUUGAAGAACAACAAGCCAGGGGACGCACUGUGCGUGUUGGGUCUCACGCUGGCUGACUUGUACCCCCAUGAUGCCUGGACCUUCACCUUUGGCAGGUUCCUUCCGGGGCAUGAAGUGGGUGUGUGCAGCUUCGCUCGAUUCUCUGGGGAGUUUCUGCAGGCCGGGCCCAGUGUUCCUGACCCAGCUCUGCUGGAGGCAGCUGCAGAUGGCCCUGAGACACUGCCACAUGAGGGAGGCCGGACCAUAUGCUUCAGUGCCCUGGGCAUGGUUCAGUGCUGUAAGGUUACCUGCCACGAGCUGUGCCACCUCCUGGGUCUAGGGAGCUGUCGUUGGCUCCGCUGCCUCCUGCAAGGGGCACUUAGCCUGGAUGAGGCCAUAAGGCGUCCCCUGGACCUCUGUCCCAUCUGCCUGCGGAAACUGCAACACCUCCUGGGCUUCAGGCUCCUGGAGAGGUACAAGAGACUCCAGACUUGGACCCGAGUGACAGUGGAGAUGUGGUCUGGACAAGAGACUGGGGAACCAUCUGUGUCAGAGGAAACCCUGCCCUUCAGUGCUGACUCAGGCGUCGGCUGUGAGAGCGACACAGAGCCUGUGACUAGCCCAUCAGAGCCCGUCACCCCUGACACGUGGAGUCGUGCCUUCCCCGAUGGGCCUGAACCAGGGUCUGAGGAUGGGCUGAGCUCUCUGGUGGCCUCAGAAGUGUUGCUGAAGCUCGGGGGGCCCGUGGAGGCCAUUGAGGAGUAUGGACGGUGGCUGGAUGCAUGCAUCCAGGCCUUGGAGAGGGAAGUGGCUGAAGAGGAGUUGGUCCAGGUCGAUGCAGCUGUGGACGCCCUAGGCCGGUGGGAGAUGUUCACAGGGCAGCUCCCUGUCACCAGGCAGCACCUGCCCUGUGCCAAGGAUAAUGUGGGGCUGCGCAGGGUCCUGGGGGACAAGUUCUUUUCCCUGAGGCGGCGGCUGAGCUCUCGAAGACUUGCCAAGGCCGGUUCUUCCCACUGCCGCUGGGGGGCGGAGAAUUAAUGCAGCGAGAGGGACCAUCUGAAACAGUGAAGUCAGCUCCUGGGAUUUUUUUCCUGAAGAUACCAACCAACCAUGCCUGCCCAGUGACUGAGGGUACUCUGGUAUCUUUAGGAUUAAAAGAAAUGUCCCCAGAAGCUGAGGAAAUGCUCCUUGGGUGCUUGACCACAGGGUCCCCAUGUUAUGGGGCCUGCAGCCAUGGCCGAGAGGCAGGAGGUAGCCACAUGCUUGCUUCCUACCUACAGGAGGGGGCUUUGGUCUGUCAAAUUAAUCAUAGCUGGAGCUCUGGACUACCCUGGGGCAUGGAUUUUGUAGCUAUGUGUGUUUUUGUGGCUGCGUGUCUGUGCACAUGAGUGCAGCUGCCCUCAGAGGCCAGAAGAGGGCGCCAGAAUCCCUGGGUGCCAUUACAGGAAGUUGUGAGCCUAUGUGGGAGCUUGAAUUGAACUCAGGCCCUCUCUCUGCAAGUACAGUGCACACCUUUAAUGUCUGAGCCCUCUAUCUCUCCAGCACUGUGUCUUGGCAGCCUCGUGUCACUCACAUGGGGUGCUUUCUGCUCCUCAAGACUGGCUCAGGUUUUUGUGGAGCUCCUGGAGAAAUCUGUGCCCUGUCAGGAUGACCAUUUCUCCAGACAGAAGUGGGGUGAUGGGGUGACUAUGAACAGGUUCAUGGGGUUGGACAUGGAAGGCAGAGAGAUCCUUUCUCCAACCCUGAGGCUGCUGCUUGUACUGUUGCUACCAGUUAGGCCAGUGUGGUGGUGGGGACUUGCCCUUCUGUCUUUGAUGCCAUUUUUCCUGUCGCAGUCUAUAAACUCCUGAUGGAAGAACGGUGUUAAAAUUAUUCAUCCACAGCUGUGUUUUUCUCCUUUGUUUCUGUGUCUUGUAUUGUUGAAGCUCUGACACACACACACACACACACACACACACACACACACACACACACACAGUUUUCCUGAAGUGACCUUCAUUGUUCUCCAGUGUCCCAGCUGGCUAACAAUGCCAGUCUCACUGUCCCCAUUGUCCAGGGAGGAAGGAGCAUAGGGGUCUUGGCGAGUCAAAGGGAGCAUGUGCAUCUUUUAGGUGAGUGGCUGUGUUGGAUCUCUAGGGAAGGUUUGUUAGGGUCCACAGUUCCCGAGGUCACAUCUGAGAUGGGUUGGCUCUGUGGCUUUUAGGAUGUGGUGACACAGAACAUCACAGUGGGGGAGAGCAUGUGGAGAGAUGCUCACCUUACAGAGGCCAGGAAGCAAAGCAGAAGGGGGCCACUGAUCUCUCUACCCUUUAAGGAAACAUUCCCACUGAUCCCUUCCUGCUGAGCUCUGUCUCCUAUCACUACCUCACCCCUCAUGGGUUUUUUUUUUUCCCCUUCCCUUUUUGGGAUAAGGUCUCAGUAGCCCAAGCUGGUCUCUCUCUAUGUAGUCAAGACAACUGUUUAUGGCCUUCCUGCCUCCUCAGCUUCAUGCUGUGAGUCCUUUAUGUCCCCUGUUGUGUGCUUCCUUAUGCUUUCUGGCUUUAUUGGGUGAACAGCAGAGCCUAGAUCAUGGCCAUGGAUACCUCUUCAGUUGCCCUGAUGUCCCCUCUUCUAUCUGGAGCCCAGGCUCACAUCAGAGAGGAAGGCAGGACAUCAUUUUGUUCCUGUUCAUGACAGAAACUGCUGGGGAUGGAAAAUGGAGUUUCACCUCAUGGCCUGGGCAUGAGCAGGGAGGGGCUGUUGUCCUGGAAUACUGUCCCUAGGACACAGACCUUUGUGGAUAAGAAGACCCUCUAAAGUGCUUAAAAACACAGACAUGUAGUGCUGGGGAGCUGGGUAAAACUAAAAGUCCAAACUUAGAUCCUGCUGAGGUCGAAGGGGAUGCUAGAACAUUCCUGGGAUGUGUUCACAUACAGGAGGUCUGUGAACAGUGCCACAGUUAGCCACUCUGUGGAUCCAACAGGCAGAGAUAGCCAGGGUUUGGAGGGACAGGCAGCUGUGCCCAAGUCUUCCUGGGAAGGACAGGAAAGGUCUUGAAAAAGAGCGUGCGCAUGUUCAGGCCAGAGGUCAAUCUUUUUUGAGACUGGGUUUCUCUACACAGCCUUGGCUCUCCCGGGACUCACUCAGUAGACCAGUUUUUUUUUUUAUUUUUAAAGAUUUAUUAAUUAUGUAUACAGUGUUCUGCCUGAAUGGCAGAAGAGGGCACCAGAUCUCAUUAUAGAUGGUUGUGAGCCACCAUGUAGUUGCUGGAAAUUGAACUCGGGACUUCUGGAAGAGUAGCCAGUGCUCUUAACCUCUGAGCCAUCUAGCACCCCAGUCUGGGGUCUAAUUCACAGAAAUCCACCUGCCUCUCUCCUCAGUGCGGAAAUUAAAGGCUUGCCCCACUAGGUUUGGCCUAUCUUGCUAUUUUAAAAAUAUUUUUAUUAAUUGAGAAUGUCUUAUCUUGCUUUUUUGAGACAGGGUUUCUCACUAGCCUGGAACUUGCCAUGCAGGCUUGACUGACGCCAGUUAGCCCUUACAGAGCUGCCUGUCUCCACCUCUCCAGAGCUGGGAUCAUGUACCACCAUGCCCAGCUUUGUUACUCGGUUCCUGGGGAUCAAACUCAGGUCCUAAGCACCUUUGCUGGCUGAGGUGGUAUUUCUUUAUCCCCUCAGGCUGAACCUCGCCAUCUUGCUCAGCCUCCCACUUAUGCCUUGCUGUGCCUCUAAGUGCAGGAAAAUUGUUGUGUCCGCUAGCUCACUUCCCUUAUUAAAAUCUUGGCGUAUGUGAACAGGCAGAUGAAGGCACACAUGUCGUGGCAUGCAUGCGGAGGUCAGAAGAAAGCUUUCAGAAGUAGGUUCACCCUGUAGGUACUGGGGAUUGAACUCAGGUCAUCAGGCUUGUGUGGCAAGCACUUUUCAACCAUCUUGCCACGCCAGCCUCCCACCAUGCCACUCCUAUUUCAUGGCUCCAGAACCUGAAGUGGUCCGGAACCACGUGAGGCUCAGCAACAUAGAGCUGAGUGAAAUUUAGGCUGUUGGCCCUGCACGAGUCCUCUGCCUUCGUCCACUGUGUUCUUUGAACUCUGAGAAAUUAGGUAGAAUAAAGAGCUGCACAGAUGGCUGAGGACCUGCGCCCUGACUCUCAGGCAUUCCCCACUCAGCUCUGUUAAAGCUUCUGAAAGUUUCCACACACUUACCUCCAUAGGGUGGGAAGAUGGAGGUACACUAAGCAGAAGAAAAAUCAGGCCAGUGAGAUGGCUCAGUGGGUAGUGUGAGCCUGCCAACCUGUGUUUGAUCUUCUGUGUAAAUGUGGAAGGAAAGAAUUGAUUCCCCAAAGUUGCCCUCUGACCUCCACACACAUGCCGUGGCAUACUUGCACACACAUGCAAUAAUAAAAAUAAUACUAAUAAAACAAAGGCCCCUGGGGAUCCAAUCCCUCUGCAGCCUAAAGCAGGGGGCCUGUAACCUGCCAACUAUCACAGGGAACACGGUAUGCUGGGUGGGGCUGAACCCACAGUGACCCCCAGAUGUUUCUUGGAAACUGCCUUUUAAAACAAGCCUCUUGACUUAAAGCUUGUUUUCAUUUGCCUCUUACCCAAGGAGCAGAGCUCAAAAAUAAACCUGAGUUAUUUUGGGCUCCAGCCGGCAAUGAGCGGUGAUGCUGGGGAACGCUGAGCCAGGAAGGGCUCCAGCCACUGUCCACUGAUCCUUUGCAUUUCUUGCAGCAGACUUCAGAAGCUGGGUUCUUGGGCUGGGGAUGUUGCUCAGGUGGUGGAGUACGUGCUUAGCAUUCAGGAGGCUAUGGGUUCCACUGUCAGUGCUGGGUUAUAUAAACCAGGCUUGGUGGUACCCAGCUAUAAUCCCAGCACUCAGGAGAUGGAGGCAAAAGGACUAGCAGAAGUUCAUGGUCAUUCUUAGCUACUCAGCAACAAGCAAUUAGAGGUCACUGUGGUAUACACGAGAUCCUAUCUACUCAAGCAUGAGGACCUGAGUUCAAAUCCCAAGAGCCCACAUAAAAAGCCAUGCAUGGUCAGGAAUACCCGAGCACCUAGCGCUGUGGAGUGGGGGAAAGGGGAGAGACAGGAGGCUCACUGGGUUUUGCUGGGUGCCAGGCGAGAUCCAGGUUCAAUAGAGACCCUAUCUCCAAACAGAUUGCCAACAGGCCAAAUUUAUCUAGACAUUCUAUUGAGACUUCCCAAGUGAGUCUAGAUUUGAGUAGUAGAUAAUGAAAACUAACUGCCAUACCAAGGACUGAAUAAAAAGGAGAAAGCCAGUGACUGGGACCCUCAGUCCCAUGAACAGCUCUGCCAAGACUGUGAAUGGUUGGGACCAUGUUCCUUUGGGUAGGUCACACAAUAAAGGUGACAAGGUGACGGUUGGAACAACCCUCUUUUAUUCUGCUCACAGUGCUGGGGCUAGAAAAGGAAGCCCCUAACCACCAUGCUUCCCAGCAUUGCUAUGGUACUCCCUGGCAGAGGCUGGAGUCUCCACUACCACAAGCUCACUCAGCACUUUGAUUGGUUCUUGGUGCUUCUGUGAAGCGAGCCACCCACUCAAAGCUUUGUUAUUUAGUGUGGGGUACACAUGUCCAUGUGCAUGAGCAGAGGCCAGAGGAUGUCCAGUGCUCUGCCUUACCACUCUCACUCACCGCAAGGUCUCGCUAGGAGCAGUGCUGGUGGCCAGCAAGUACCUGUCCCAGUCCUCCACAGUGCUAGGGGUGUAGGUGACAUUUUAUGUGGGUGCUCUGGAUUUGAACUCCGGUUCUGUUGCUCUUAAGAGCCAUCUCCCUGGCCCCUUUGGAGUUGAUGUCAUGCAUGCCAGGCUGUGACUGUGUAAGCAGCAGUAGAUGGCCUUUAACUCCUGCUUCUUCUGCCUCCACCUUCCAAGGUGUGUGACACAGUACCUGGAUAAGGGUACAUUUUAAUGUACAAACCACAUCAAAUCACAUGUGUUUGGGGGCUUUCAUUUGAAAAUGGCAUUUAGGAUGGCUCAGGCACAUGGAACUGAAAUUUGCAGUAGUGAAUCUUCAAGUGAGGAAGGCUGUGCUUUUGAGAUGGAAAAAGGAGAAAGUGAGUGUAGCUUUGCUUUGAGCCAUGGUAACCAAGGACUCCUUCUGACCAACAUCCAGAGGUGUGAAGUAGAGGGCAGCUGGCCCUGAGCUACUACUGCCCUAGUGGAGCCCUAACAAACCAUAACCAGUUCAGCCCCUGAGCUGGCCAGUCACAACCCAUCGGCUUGCUUGUUAUUACUUUCGUGUGUGGAUGUGCAUGUGGAGGUCAUCCUUGGGGCUGUCCACCAUACUGAGACAAGGUGUCUUACUGGGACCCGAGGCUUACUGGGUCUCUGUCCCUGCUUCCCCAGGGCUGGGGUUACAGAUGCACACACCACUCAUGGCUUUUCAUGUGGGUGCUGGGGGUCAAACUCAGGGUCUCAUGCUUGUAUGGAAAGCAGUUUUCUGAUUGGGCCACCUCCCCAGAUUUCUUUUUGCUAUUAUUUUUAUCUUAUCAAAGAAGUAGGGAAAUCUUAAGACUAGAAAUCCUGGACAACUCUAAAUUACAGAAUGAGUCAAGAACUUUGAAAUAAUUUAUGUACAGGAGUUAACUAAGAACACCUCUCAGAAUGCCUCCCCACCCGACCCCAGCCUGUCCUUUAACAUCUAUAGUCUAAGUAGGCAGGAAGCAAUCUGAUUUUAGGAAGUUUAUUGUUACAUUUUUUUUUUGCAGUAAUAGAGGAGGCACAAAUAACCUUCUGCUUCUCCAACACUGCAAUAAAAAGGACAAUAGUCAAGGGUAACAGUGAAAUUAAAAAAAAAUACAAAAGCCUAAUGUCUGGGAGACAAAUGACUACAAUCUAUGUGUAGAGACUUGUAAAUGAUUUCAGCCUCGCCCUGCAAACACUGU